ACCUUCCCUCCUCCGUCCUCCCUCUCCUCCUUCCUUACUAGCACCUCUCCUCCAGGGUCAGACGGAGACCAGGCUGAUCUCAGCAGACACCGACAGGCCCCAGGGCAGCUCCAGGAGCCCAGAUUCCAGCGGUGGGAGAGAAGGCCCAGGAGCAGCCUGCAGCCAUGUCAGCCCUCGGCCUGGUCAUCCUGGGUCUGCUUACGGCAGUGCCACCUGCCAGCGGUCAGCAAGGCCUGGGGAACCUGCAGCCCUGGAUGCAGGGUCUUAUUGCCGUGGCUGUGUUCCUGGUCCUCGUCGCAAUCGCCUUUGCUGUCAACCACUUCUGGUGCCAGGAAGAACAGGAGCCUGUGAACAUGGUCAUGACCCUUGGAAACAAAGCAGAUGGGAUCCUGGUAGGAAUGGACGGCAAGUACUCCUCGAUGGAGGCCGGUUUCAGGACCAGCGAGCAUGAGAAUGCCUACGAGAACAGCCUGGAGGAGGAGGGCAAGGUCCGCAGCACCCCAAUGUGACCCCUGCUUCCUUGUGCCCAAUGUCCAGGCCCC